AUGAAGCACCUCGCGGCAUACCUCCUCCUCGGCCUUGGUGGCAACACCGCCCCCUCUGCUUCCGAUGUGAAGCAGGUGCUCGAGUCCGUUGGUAUUGAGGCCGAUUCUGACCGCCUAGAGAAGCUGCUGUCUGAGCUCAAGGACAAGGACAUCAACGAGUUGAUCUCCGAGGGAUCUUCUAAGCUCGCUUCCGUCCCCAGCGGCGGCGCCGGAGGCGCGCCUGCUGCUGGCGGAGCUGCUGCCGGUGGUGCUGGCGGUGCCGCCGAGGAGGCCAAGGAGGACGCCAAGUCCGAGGCAGCAGAGGAGUCCGACGAGGACAUGGGUUUCGGUCUCUUCGAUUAA